UCCGUGUUUACGCUUUCCCAUUCACUCUGAAAGAUAACAUUCUCCCGUUCCUGUGCGGAACCGUGUACGUAAUGACCUUUCGUCUGAAGUCCGUAGUUCAGGAUUUCUUUCUGCAGAGAAAAUAUGGGAGACAAAAAGAUACUCUGCAUUGGUUUGGUGUGUCUGGAUAUCAUAAAUGUUGUGGAUAAAUACCCGGAAGAAGAUACUGAUACCAGGUGUCUGUCUCAGAGAUGGCAGAGGGGAGGAAACGCAUCAAACACGUGUACAGUUUUGUCUUUGCUUAGGGCCCCGUGUGCAUUUAUGGGGUCUUUGGCUCCUGGACCAGUAGCUGACUUCAUCUUGAAUGACUUUCAAAUGUACAAGAUUGACAUCUCUCUUCUUCUGGAGCAUGCUGAAUGCUCCUUUCCAGCUUCUGUAGUAAUCAGCAGUGUGACGACGGGAAGCCGUACAAUUCUGCAUAUGAACAGAAACUUGCCAGAUGUUUCUGUAGAAGAUUUUUCAAAGGUGGACCUGAGCCAGUACAAGUGGAUCCACUGGGAGGGCCGUAAUGCUGACGAACAAGUGAAGAUGAUUGAGAGGGUGAGAGAGUAUAACAGCAAACAGGAGGAGAAGAACAGAAUCACUAUCUCUGUGGAAAUCGAGAAGAUCAGGGAACCCCUCUACCAGCUUUUCCCUCUUGGUGAUUUGGUCUUUGUUAGUAAGGAUGUGGCCCAACAUUUUGGGUUUACCUCAGCUGCUGCUGCAUUGAAGGGUUUCUGUGGUCGUUUGAGAAAGGGAGCUACCCUCAUUUGUGCCUGGGCGGAAAAGGGAGCGGAUGCCAUGGGUCCCGAUGGUGUAAUCAUCCAUUCAGAUGCAUUCCCGCCUGAGAAGCUUGUAGACACACUUGGAGCAGGAGAUACUUUCAAUGCGUCUAUGAUCUAUUCCCUUUCAAACGGGGGCAGCCUACAGGAUGCUCUCACAUUUGGCUGCCAGAUUGCAGGCAAAAAAUGUGGCGUCCAUGGAUAUGAUGGAAUUUCACACUGAACAUGGCGGAGAGGUGCACAGCUGAAAUGAAGUACAGACAUGAAGCAUGCUGAUAAACUUAACUAGUCUUGUAAGCCACUAGUCAUUGUCAAGGCAUGAUGGCGUACUGAAUAAUGUUGCUUCACAUAGAAAAGACUAAUGUACAUGUGAAGAAUAAGUUAAUGUACUAAUAAUUGUAUAGCCUACUGAUGUUUUUCUGCACUUGAAUAAAUUAAUUCAGGAAGACUUGCUUUACAACUCUUCACUUAUGCAUUUUAAAUAAAUAAAGUGAUAUCUG